AGGGAAUCUAAAGAGAGCCGAACCCCGGCGGGCUGCGUGCCGCUGCCGGACCGAGGAGGCGGGCGAGAACAAGGACUCACAGUUUCGCAUGUAAUGUCCAUGGCAGACAGGUGAAUGCCACGCAGGCAGCCUGGGGCUCUGCUCCCCUCCUCACAUGUGAACCCAGCCCGGUCACAUCCUCCUCCCCCUCCUCCUCCCCCUCCCCUCUUCCUCACUGCAACCCGUUCAGCUCCACUCUAGCCUUCUCUCCAUCUGACUGCCCGCCGUCUCCUGUGCCGGACCCCGCAGCGGAUACCAGCCUUCGGACGCCUGUAGAAGCUGUGAUCAUGUCCUCAGUGCUGCAGAAGCUGAUCAGCCCUCUGGCCAGCAGCCAUGCUGAGCCUCCCAGGAACAAGGUGACGGUGGUCGGGGUGGGCCAGGUCGGCAUGGCCUGUGCCAUCAGCAUCCUGCUGCGGGACCUGUGUGAUGAGCUGGCUCUGGUGGAUGUGAUGGAGGAUCGUCUCAAGGGAGAGAUGAUGGACCUGCAGCAUGGCAGCCUCUUCCUCAAGACCUCCAAGAUAGUGGCUGACAAAGACUACGCGGUGACAGCCAACUCUCGCCUGGUCGUGGUGACGGCCGGUGUUCGCCAGCAGGAGGGUGAGAGCCGCCUCAACCUGGUGCAGAGGAACGUCAAUGUCUUCAAGUCCAUCAUCCCGCAGAUCAUCAAGUACAGCCCCAACUGCACACUCAUCGUGGUCUCCAACCCUGUUGACGUGUUGACCUAUGUGACCUGGAAACUGAGUGGUCUGCCCAAGCACCGCGUCAUCGGCAGUGGCACCAACCUGGACUCUGCCCGCUUCCGCUACCUGAUGGCCGAACGCCUCGGCAUCCACGCCAGCUCCUUUAACGGCUGGGUGCUGGGAGAGCACGGAGACACCAGCGUGCCAGUGUGGAGCGGUGCUAAUGUUGCAGGAGUCAACCUGCAGAAGCUGAAUCCUGACAUUGGCACUGACGCUGAUAAGGAACAGUGGAAGUCCACACACAAGGCUGUAGUGGACAGUGCCUACGAGGUGAUCAAGCUGAAGGGCUACACCAACUGGGCCAUUGGUCUGAGCGUGGCAGACCUGACUGAGAGCAUCAUCAAGAACAUGAGCCGUGUCCAUCCUGUCUCCACCAUGGUCAAGGACAUGUAUGGUAUUGGUGAGGAGGUCUUCCUGUCUCUGCCCUGCGUGCUGAACAGCACCGGCGUGAGCAGCGUGAUCAACAUGACCCUGACAGAUGCCGAGGUGGCCCAGCUGAGGAAGAGCGCCGACACGCUGUGGGGCAUCCAGAAGGACCUCAAGGACAUCUGAACACAUAACACAUGAAACAGAGAAGCCUGUCUACACACACACUUUUAUAACGUCCCUCCUCUCUUAAACUGUAUCGCUGUUAUUUUGAAGGACAAUACCAGUGUUUUUUAAAAAGUGUGCCAGUGAGUAUUUGAGUUUUACAUGCAAGUCAUCCGGCCUGAUUUGACAGUUUGCAUAUCAGUGCUGCAUUAUGUCACCAUCUACUUCCUGUCAAUCACCUGACACCUUUAAGUCUAAAAAACACUGGUAUGCUCCUCUAAAAAAUAUGCACAUUUGCUCCCCAACAGCUAGUAGGCUGAAGUUGCUGUGUUAUUGUGUAUGUUAGGAGAUGUAAACUGACCUGUGUUACUGUAUGAAGUAUUGUGUUUUAGCUGUUUGGACCAGGAUCAAACACAACCCUCAAAAAGCCAAAAGUGUCACUGUCCUCCUCCACCACCUACUGUACUGAGUCGGUCAUUUAGUUCCCUGUGGGGAAUCACUGAGAGAAAGACCCUAAAAAUCCAAAAGGACACUGUUUUCCUCCAGCCUUCGUCUAAAAGCGGUACUCUACAGCAGACAGACAACUACACACUUAGGUCAACACACAGUGAAAUUGUGACAUUGUGAGUGUGAAGGUGGAUUUUUCCUGUUUCCUCUGUGUUAGCAAAGGGAGAUGGAGCAGCAGGGGAAGAGCGGAAAUGUCCAGAGUUGUUUUAUGAAACAUCAGUUGUGCCUGUCUGACUUUGUGUUGGAAACAGCAAUGUGUAACUUAAUAAAUUUGAACUUAAUGAAGGGCA